AAACACAGGGACAACUUUACCCUUACAGUUAUUUUGAAAAGUCCCUUCAAGGCAUCAGAAAGACCUGACUGUUACAUCUUUCAGCAAUAACAGGAUUAAAAUACUAUACACUUCCAUAUAGGUUAUAUUGGACGCUUUCAAGACCUAACACAAUGUUUGGUUCGAAAGUGUGAACUUCAAACAGGGAAAAAAAUAAUAAUACUAAUAAAGCCCAAAAAGGCGUAUACGAUAUGAAAAUUAUAUGUAAGAUGACAAUUUUCUUUCUAAUGGUGCUGAUUCAUAUGUAAUUCCCAACAAAAAUUACUGGAGUUGCGGAAAUGAAUAAUGGAAAACCAGUACGUGAACGACAAAUGUCCAAGCCUGGCAUCAUACUCUGCAAUUGUGUCUGAACAACGUGAUAAAGAGCAAAUAUACAAAUUCCAGGUUUUUUACAUAAAACAUAAAUGAUGAAGAAAACUAAUUUGAGUAUGUUGUUUCCCAUAUUGUGGCUUAGUAUAUGUACCCAUCAGUCUUCAUCAGAUUCGUUAUCUGACUCAGUGCUCUCUAUUACCACAGGCACUUCACAGUUUGCAUUAGAACUUCUACAGGCUACUUCUGUGGAAGCAGGAAAGUUCAUGAAUGUAGCCAUUUCACCAUUCAGUGUGUGGACAGUGCUGGCCUUAGUAAGAGAAGGUUCUGGUGGUAAAACAAGCUCUCAGCUUCAAAAGGCUCUUCAUUUGCAUGAGAGCAACAGGGCCAUUCGUGCAGCUUACCGCAAGUUAAACCGUGUUAUACAUGUUUCUGGAAGUGGUGUUGAAAUGAUCGGAGCUAACGUCCUCUUCACUGAUAUAAACCGGCCUUUACAAUUGGAUUUUCAGUACCUGGCAGAGAGAAUUUAUAAGUCUGCUGUUCAUCCUGUUAAUUUUAUGAAUCCAUCUGCUACUGCUGACCUCAUAAACCAAUGGGUUGCAAAUGUCACCCAUAAUCGGAUCACACAGCUUGUACACGAAGAGGACAUGAAGGAUCCUCAUCUGGUAAUUGCUAAUGGAAACUUCUUCAAAGGGAAAUGGUUGUUACCAUUCAACUCUAGUAAUACUAUCAGAGAGAAAUUUUAUGAUGACAAAGGCAUAGAACUUGGAGAGGUUGAGAUGAUGUAUCAGCAUAGUCACUUCCGUUACAGUCGUAUCUCUGAGCUUGGAGCAAAAGUGGUGGAACUCCCAUAUGAAGGAGGGCAGUUCAGCAUGAUUGUAGUGGUUCCUAUAGGCAGUACAACUAUAGAUGCUCUAUUGGAGCGCAUGAGCAAAAUGUCAAUGGAAAAGAUAUAUCAUCAUAUGACAACUGAAGAUGAAGCGUAUCCUGAUGCCUUUGUGGAGGUCUACCUGCCACGUGUUGUGAUCAACUCUGACUUUGUUCUAAAUAAGGCACUGGAAAAGUUGGGGAUCAUUGAUGUGUUCAAUGAUGCAAAAGCAGAUCUGUCUAGGAUAUCACCACACAGUAUACAUCUGCACAAACUGAUUCACAAGGCUGAAAUUGUGAUUAAUGAGGAAGGAACGACAGCCAGCAGUAUCACAGGUGGGAUUAUGUCAGAUCGACAGACAAUGCCAAAAAUUCAUGCUAACCGACCAUUUGCAUUUUUCAUAGUAGAAAAUUCAUUGAAAGUGAUUGUUUUUGCAGGAAAAGUUGUAAAUCCACAUAUGUAAAUAUUUCAAACAUAUUAAUCAGAAACAGUGAAGUAUGUGGGUUGUAUGAAAUCCAAAGGUGAUUGUAAAUGCUUGUGUUGUAUGUUCUUAAGAGGCUCUCACUAGAUUAAUUUACAUAUUUGGAAAACUGGAAAAUUUGCCAGUUAUUAGUAAAUUGGUUACAGGAAACCUAUCUUCAUCCAGUGACUGAAAUUUGUUAAGUCUACAUGUGUUCUGCAGGACACAGUCUUGAACUACUGGUUUCAUGUGACAAAAAAUUCUAAGUAUUUCUGACGGUAAUUGUGUCCAGACUGUACAUAUUUCCUGCUUUUACGUGUGUAUGUCUCAAAAUUACAAAUUCAUACAGUAAGUUUUGAUGUAAGGAUGGAGAUAUUUUUGUCAUGACAAAUAAUAAGUAAUAACUAUGUAAAUAUGCCUGUCAAUCACAACAGUUUUAUACUUCUAAUAAUUAAAUUAUUAAUAAAAAAAACAAACAAACGAA